ACGCGCGCCAGGAUAAAACUAAAAUCAAAAGACGAUAGAGCAAAAAGAGUUGUACUGUUUUUGUAGUCUUGUUGUUGUAAGUUUGUCGUUCACAGCCAAGCGCCAUGAGUGAAAUAGAAGCUCUCGAACUUCACGCAAUCAUUGGAUUUGCAGGUGAAGUUCCAGGAGGCCUGUUGGUCAACAGCGACAGAGAGCAUCUUAUCUAUCCACUUGGCAACAAAAUCGUUGUGGAGGAAAUAAAAGAGGAGAAAAAGGCGGCUUCAGGAGGUAGAGGAUCCGCGACAAGAGUUAACGGUAAAAGCAAGAAUACACCCGAAGAUCGAAGGAUGCGUCAGAGAUUAUUGUCAGGGCAAGGCGACAAAGGCCUGGCAGUUUCUUGUCUAGCAGUUUCCAAGAGUGGGAAGUAUCUGGCAUCUGGCGAAAAGACUCACAUGGGAUUUAAAGCCGAUGUCAUUGUGUGGGAUUUUGAGAGGGGCACCAUAAAACAUACCCUGGAUCCACUGCACAAAGUUAAAGUGGAAGCACUCGCGUUCUCUCCAAAUGACAAAUAUUUAGUGUCCCUUGGAGGGCAGGAUGAUGGAUGUAUUGUCGUGUGGGAUGUCAAGACAGGCUUGGCUAUUUGUGGAAGUACAGCCGGGGCUCCCAGUGCUGGUUGUACAUUUGCAGUUGCUUAUGCCAGCUUGAGUGAUGAGAUGUUUGUCACUGGUGGAGAUAAGACUUUGAGGGUUUGGGAACUUGACGUAGAAAAUCGCAAGAUACGUCCUGUUGAAGUCUCUAUGGGACAGUUAAAACGUGCAGUUAAAUGUAUUCAGAUGAGUAAUGAUGACUCAAAAUUUUACUGUGGAACUACCACAGGGGACAUUCUUGAGAUCAAUUUGAAGAGUAAAUUGAUGACUAACUAUGGCCCCAGUGACAAUGAGCGUUUCAGCCUUGGAGUGCUGGCUAUUCGUAUUCUCAUGGAUGGGAAUUUGUUGGUUGGUGCUGGUGAUGGAACAGUUGCCAUCAUGAAAAUUGUUAAAGGAAAAUUCAAGAAAAUUCAGUCUGUCCAAGUGGAUGGUGGAAUUACAUCUAUAGCCUUGCGAGGCCAAGGACAUCAGUUUUUCAUAGGGACGAAAAACUCGCAGAUGUACCUGUUCAGUUACAGUAAUUUUGAAGAAUAUGACAGGAUCAAGACCUGUCACUGUUCCCCAGUCAAUGAUGUCAUAUUCCCUUGUGGCAGUUCAGACCUGAUUCUGACUUGUGCUAAGGCUGAGAUCCGUAUUUGGUCGACAAAGACGAACCAGGAGGUUGUACGCAUCACAGUUCCUAACAUCACAUGUAACGCUAUUGAUAUCAUGCGUUCUGGAAACAGCAUCAUAAGUGGUUGGGAUGACGGCAAAAUACGCGCAUUUACACCAGAGAGCGGCAGGUUAAUUUAUCAGAUAGAAAACGCCCACAAGAGUGGCGUCACAGCUAUAGCGGCCGUUGGUGACGAGAAGCGUAUCAUCAGCGGGGGAGGGGAGGGUGAAGUACGUGUUUGGGAGGUGGGCGGCAGUGGGAAACAGAAAGGAUCCAUUACUGGAACACUGAAAGGAGCCAUUAAAGAACAUACAGCUGCCGUGACAUGCAUAAAAGUUCGUCUCAACCGAUGUCAACAGCUGGAGUGUGUAUCAGCCAGUAAGGACGGCACAUGUAUUGUCUGGAACUUAGAGGCAAUGGGACGGAGCGCAAUCGUAUUUGCCACUACCAUGUUCAAGGCGGUCUGCUACAGUCAAGAUGAAAGCCAGAUCAUUACAGCUGGUACAGACCGCAAAAUUGCGUACUGGGAAACUUUUGAUGGAUCUCAAAUACGCGAAUUGGAAGGAUCAACGCGCGGCUCUAUAGAUGGAAUGGACCUAUCCCCUGACGGCUUACACUAUGUCACUGGAGGAGAUGACAAAGAAGUUGUGGUGUGGAAGUACAACGAGGGACAGAAAACGCAUGUUGGAAAAGGUCACGCAGGGGGGAUAGCAAGAGUGAAGAUUUGUCCUCACCAAAAGUGGAUUGUCUCCAUAGGAACGGACGGAAGCAUUCUGAGAUGGAAAUAUCCCCACUAAAGAUCCUUACUUGUUAUUGUAUAACUCUGCCAUUACGUUUUGUAUGAGACUUGAGACAGCUGAAGUGUAUAUAGGUUGCUAAUGUAUGCAACAUUCGAGUCUUGAACUGUCAUGUUUACCUUUUGUUAAGAUCAGAUGCUCAAAAUAACACUGAGCUCUUUGUAAUUAUUCCCUCUUUUUUACGUUAAGGGUAGAUUUGUCGGUGAAUUAGGACUUCUCAUUUUUUGGGUGUCAAUUGUUGCAGAUGCCUGUGUAAUUUUUUGAACUACUUAAUUUAAAGUAUUAUUCAAAUGCGAGGUUCAGUAUUAUUCAAAUGUGUGUACAGCUAGAUCCUUUCUGCGCAAAUUGACAAUUUUUGCGAAGCACUGUUGCUAUUUUGGCAAAACAUUAACAUUUGCUAUGAACAAGACACGCAUUUCUUAAAAGGUUGGACGUUUAAUCUGACAUUCUUUCAACUCUGCUUGUCGCAAAAAUUUUGAUUAUUUUCUUACGGGCAGGUGUUAGGGAAGACACCAUAUUUUAUGUAAAAACAGUGUGUUGUUGUAGUAAUGCUCCCUCUUAGGUUUGCGGCGCAUUUCAUUAGCAUAAAUAUGUAUAGUUAAAAGGUCAUUAAAUAUUGUAGCCUUGUUGAAAAGUCUCGUUUACAAUUUUUCUUUCUUGAAAUUUUUAGAAAUUAAUUCCUAGAAAAGAGAUUAUUAGAUCUUCUUUUGUCUAGAGUGCGCACGCAUAUCAGGAGGUUAGCAGCUAUUUCGAUUUUGUACGUAUUAACAAAACCGACCUUUUUACAUUGACAAGAAUUUAUGACAUGGAGCUUAAGAAUUGAGAUUAAAAAGCGCACAAUUUGGCAUUUAUGAGAACAAAUAUUGCAUAAACGAUUGUCUGAAGGUAAAUAGGGAAUUCAGUCAAUAAUUAUUAAAAUAUUUACAAAACCGGCGUAA